AUGUUGGACGUUCUUCCAGAAGACUUGGUAAGGGAGAUUCUCUCUAGGGUUCCGGUGACAUGUUUGGUACGAUUACGAUCUACUUGCAAACAGUGGAACAACUUAAUCAAAGAUCCGGAAUUCAUCAUCACGAAUCAAUCUCGUAACUCAGCAGCAGGAGAGAAACAGUCUAUGAUCGUCUUGUUGAAGCAAGUUGGGGUUUAUGAGUUCUUAACAAGUAAACUUGUUAAACUAAAGGAUCGGUUAUACGAUUCAGAUAAGUUCUAUAUAUAUGAUAUCUAUUAUUGCGAUGGUUUAUUAUUAUGCACCAUCGUAAACAAGAUACGCAACGACGACGAACAAUUUGUGUCUAGGCUUGUGGUUUGGAACCCAAUUUUAGGGCAGACCAAGUGGAUCGACCUGACAAAUAGGUACCGUGUAUACGACAUUUUUACUCUGGGACACGAUGGCAACAAGAAUUACAAAAUUUUGAGGAUUUUUUAUGGUGAUAGUAGCUACAAAAGAGGGUUGGAAAUCUAUGAUUGUAAAGUUAACUCAUGGAAGUCUUUGGAUGAAGACGUAACUAGAGAUGAUUGGGGUAUAUUGGCACGUGGCGCGUCUUUGAAUGGAGAUUCUUACUGGAUUGGUUAUGAUGAGUCAGACAAAGAUGUGCCCAUGCUAAUAAGUUUUGAUUUUUCAGUAGAGAAACUUCAGAGGCAGUUUCUUCCUAAUCAUCAAAGUGAGGGCAUUUUGAUGGCUCUAUCAGUUCAUAGAGAAGAAGAGCUUUUGUUGUUAAAUCAGGGAUAUGAUACACUGAAGACGGAAAUAUGGGUUACGACCAACAAUAAGAUGGACAAGAAGAAGACUAAAGUCUUUUCAUGGAGCAAGUACUUGACCGUGGAUUUAUACUCUCAUAAUAUUUCCUUGUUCCAUUAUACAAGUUUCUUCAUCAUGGAGGAAAAGAAGAAAACCCUUGUUUGUUGCUGUACAAGAAGAUAUCUUAGCUACUACAAAGCUUACGUUAUUGGAGAGGAAGAGAAUGGAGUGAGAAAAGUCCAUCUUGGAAAAUUUGAUUUUAGAGUUCGGCCACUUAUGUUUAAUUAUCUUCCAAGUUUGGUUCAAAUCCACUAA